AUGCACUGUCUUGGAGGACUAAGAGCGGACGCCCCUCCAGAUGGUAGCGCGAAGAGGGGACUCCCCACCAAAGAGACUAGGAAGAGAUCUGCCCCAGUCGCCCAGUGCCCGGGUACCCCCUGGGACAUGUCCUACCCCCCAGGGCACGUAGUGACGUGCCACCGCUGCGGUGGAUACAAGGUACGUCCUCAAGUACCAACUUACUCUCAGUCCAUUCUUGGGGCUAUGGAAAUACAGACCUGUGCCUGUGUCGUGCUCUCCUCUACCUUUACCCUCUCUGUCCUAUCCUAG